AUGCAAUUAUCUCCUAUUGAUUUGGACUAUUUACACUAAGAGAGCAUCGGGGGAGUCAUUGCCGACGGACUUACAGUGCUUUACAAUACACAACCCGAAAAGCCUAUCGAAUUUUUAGCCAAAUGGCUAUUAUAAUAUUGUAAAACUUCCACUCAGAAAACUCACUUCUACGAUGAUGUAUGAUAAUCUUCACUUAAUAGUUAACAGCUCUAGAAGAAAGAAUAAAACAUUCAGACUUUUAUCCAAUAGCAAAAGCAGGAGAAGGAAAGAUUGGAAGAAUUGCUUUAAUUCAAAUAAAAGACAAUGGAAUAAGAACUCAAUUAUAUUGAGUAUCUUAGAAACCAUCCCUAUCAUUAGGAGUUGAUUAUUCAGGAGUUUCCAGAUUAUUUGAUGAAGAAAUUUGUACGAAUCCCCUCAUAUUAUUUCAAUUUAGAAUUUAGCUGGUGUGUACAUCUGCUAUUUCACCCAUCAGAAACAAGAAGUCGAAAUUGACUUGGUAGAUGAUGAAAACGCAUUUAUAAAUCAAAAGGCACCUAAACUAUUGAAAUAUGUAGGAACCUCUUUAAACCAAAAUUUCCUUCUCCAUCAAAACUUAACUGAAUAAGCUAUCCUAACAUAUGAAGUGCUCAAACCACCUCCUGUUGAAGAAGGCAAGGCUCCUGAAGUAUAUAAGGGAAUCUACAUACCGGAUGUGGUUAAAGAGCCAAAAGUGUAUUUUCAUAGGUUCCCCAAGUUGGGAUGCUAUUUCGCCAUACCCAUGAAUUUUGAAACUUCUCUUUUUGAAGUAAUCAUAUCAUCAAAAUUGAUAGGAUGCCUUCGACGCAGGUUUGGUGAAUAGGAUAAAAUACAAUUCUGAGGUGGAGACCCAAAAGUCAGAGAUUAAGACCAAGGAAUUGGAACAUGCUGAAUAAUUACAAAAUGCAGAAAGCGAAGAUCAGAAACAAUAAUUGGAAGAAGAACACCAAAAUUAUUUGUCUUCAUUGCCCCAACUUGUAGAACCACCCUUUUUAGGCAUCCAACAAUAAUACAUUGUGUGUGGUGAUACCUUAGGAUAAGACAGAAAAUUGUCACAGGAAGAGCGCAAUCAAUUAUACGAUCUGAUUCAAUAGUUUGGUUAGAGUUAUCAAGAGAAGGAGAUAGCCUUAUUGUCAGAGGAUAUCAAUUAAUAAAUUGAAUAUCAAAAUACUAUUCCUGAGAAAUUGGAGGAGAAUUAUCUGGAUCAAGAGAAUCAAUUUGUGGAGUAAUAAGCAAUCAAUUUAGAGGAAUUGAAGCAGAGUAAUGAACGAGAUUACAAUUAUGAAAUAGAGUGUAUUAAAUUUGAUUUUCUGAAGUAACAAUUUACUGCCAAGGAUUUUGCCUCUACUUUUCUUAACCUAACGAAGAGGAGGGUCAUCAAAUUCCCAAACAUUAUUAAAGCUCUAUUUUAUUUGUUAGGUUACAAAAAGGAGGAAAUCACAUUAGAAAAUAAAUUGAAUUGGAAGAUUGUGGCUUCCUAGAUUGAUUACAGAUUCUUAGCCAAAUUGGCUCUCAUUAAUCACAGGGGACCCAAAGAAGCCCCACUUCAACAUGCUACUAUAUCUAGAUUGUAAAAAUUGGUGGAUGUUUAUGAUGAGGAGAAGGUUACCAAUUACAAUUGGGCUUUGGGGUACUUACAGAGAUUCCUCACUUUGUAUUGUAAAUUGAGAAAAGAGGACGUUGCAAUCAGAAAAGAAAUUUUGCAGGAGAAGAAACAGCAAUUAUAGGCUGCACAAGAGUUGUUAGCCUAGUUAUUAGUAUGAAAUUUAUGAAAUGACAAUAGGAAUAAAAAGAGACAGAUUUGCAGGCAGCCAAGGCCAACUUUUAAGGGGAGGAGGGUGAAGAAUUUGAUGAAUAGAAAUGGAUUGAGUAAUGGGAAUCUGAACAUAACCUCCCUGAAAUUGGUCCUGAACCUUAGGAUGAAAUUGACGAUGACUUAGAAUGA